CUCUAUUCAACUACAUUUUAUGGAUGUUUUAUUAAAGUUUUGUUCCUUUCAGAUGUGAGUUGUGGUUCAUCCUCUGAUGGAGAUAAAGAAAUGGUCUCAACUUCAAAAGAGCAGCUGAAGACCAAGAGUUUCUCCUGCGCCACCUGUGGAAAAACACUGAGUUCAGAGGGUCAUUUAGCGAGACACGAGAGAACACACACAGAACAGAAAGACUUCAGCUGUAAGAUAUGCGACAUCAGCUUUCCUACCGCAGAAGAGAGGAGACUUCAUUCAAAAGAGCACAGCGGGAAGAAGGAGUUUCACUGUGAACAGUGCGGGAAGGAUUUUUUCACCACUGCUCAAAUUAUGAAAGCCCAUAUAAAGACACACGACGAAAAGUCUUUCCACUGCAGCGAAUGUGACAAGUAUUUCAGCACCAAAGGAAAUCUUGUUGUUCAUAAGCGAAUCCACACGGGAGAAAAACCAUACAAGUGCCCUCACUGUGAAAGAAGAUUCGUGUAUGGAUCUCAUCUGAAGACACAUGUGCGUUUGCACACCAAUGUGAGGCCGUACCAGUGCAGUGAAUGUGGGAAAGCCUUUAGGCAGUUAUUUAGUCUGAAGUCACACCAAAAAAUGCACUCGGGUGAGAAACCGUUUCAGUGCAAAUACUGUGACAAACGAUUCCGUCACAAAUCCUACCUGAACUAUCAUGAGAGGACUCACACUGGAGAGAAACCGUAUCUGUGCUCCUACUGCGGGAAGAGCUUUUCUAGUCCAGUUCAUUUUGGACCUCAUAAGAGAGUCCACACUGGAGAAAAACCGUAUCAUUGCAGCGUCUGUGGGAAGAGUUUCAGUAAGUUUGAUACUUUACAAAAGCACAAGAGGAUUCAUACCGGAGAAAGACCGUUCAAAUGCUCACAGUGUGACAAGACGUUUGCUCGAUCAGACGUCCUGAAGGUCCAUCAGCGAGUUCAUACAGGAGAGAAACCUUACUCCUGCUCCAUCUGCGGCGAGAGAUUCGCUUAUUUAGGUAGUUUUCAGACCCACCAGAACAAACAUGCUAAAGAACAAACUGCUCCAUAAUCAUCAGAGUGACUUUUCAUGUUUUGGUCGGUCAAUAAAGGCUGCAUUUCUGCAGUUACUUUCAUCGUGCAUGCCCUGUGAUGUAUAACAGUAACAUCAUACACAUGAUGAUUUCAAUUUAAAACAUGAGACAUAUAUUAUGCAACAGUUGAAUUGGUUUUCUGAGCAGCGUUACUAGUGUGGAUACUUCGUCCAGCAUCACUGAGUGAUUUCACUGUUUAUACAGUAUUAAGGCCUUUUCACACUGCACGCAAAAAUUCGGCGUGAAUGUUCGGCAGGAUGACUACUGAAUAAAUAAGGGAUAA